ACCCCAUCCCCCACCCUUUCAAUAUUUGCACAUACAGCAGGGGAGUGAAUCAAUCGCGCUUCUUGCAAUGUAGUGGAUUUUCGCGUCGAAAAUUUACUAUUUUAUUUUCAAAAUGUCCAUCAAGGGUACACCUCGAGGAUCGGAAGAGACGUUAACGGCUUCUUCGGAUAGUUUCUGGGAUGUAGGCAACUACAAACGGACAGUUAAACGGGUGGACGAUGGCUCCAAAUUGUGUGACGAAUUCAUGAAAAUGGUCACUGAACGAGCUGAGAUUGAAGCUAGGUAUGCGGCGAAGUUAAAAGCCUGGGCUAAAAAGUGGGAAGAAGUUAUCAAAGCUGGCUCAGAGUAUGGCUCCAUGGAAGAAGCAUUUAAAGGUGCUGUCGAUGAAGCGAAUUCUCGAGCGAGUGUGCACACACAAUGUCGUGACGAUUUGUUGAACGAUGUUGUAGAAUUGGUCAAGAAAUGGAAAGGAGAUAAUUACCAAAAGUCUAUGUUCCAAUGGAAACAAGUGAAGGAGGCUGAAGAAGGGUUUGCUAGAGCUCAGAAACCGUGGGCCAAACUGCUCAUGAAAGUAAUGAGAUCUCGGAAAGCUUAUCAUAAUGCUGCGAAGGCCACCGAACAGGCGAAGAAACUCCAGAUUGAAGCUAGCAGCGACCCCAACGUCCCUCAAGAGAAAUUCAAAAAGCUUACUGAUGCAGUAGAAAAGGCGAGGAGAGAUAUGCAGAAAUGCGAGGAUAAAUAUAAUGACAGGCUAGAAAAUAUAUCGAAAGAUAAUCCUCGCUAUGAGAGAGACAUGACCGAGCAAUUCGAGAGGUGCCAAGCGUUCGAGCAAAAAAGGAAAGAUUUCUUCAAAGAUGCACUGAUGAAAUAUCAUUCAUGUCUAGAUGUGUCACGAAAAUCUGAAUUUUCAGGGAUAUUCCUUCACAUGAGUACAACCUUUCAAAUGGCUGAUAGUUCGAAAGAUUUAGAUUAUUGGUCAAGAUUACAUGGGGUAGCCAUGCCAAAGAAUUGGCCAAGAUUCGAGCCUUAUGAUGAAGAUCUCCAUGGAUCCAUGAGAAGAGGGACAGGUUCUUAUGAAAAUGGUGAGCGUUCGUCAAUGGGGUAUGACUCAACGUCUGUAGAUUACGAUAACCCAAGGGAAUACACAGAACCCUCUGCAGGCUACCAGCAGCAGCCAUCCACGUAUGAUCAGCCGUCAUCUGGUUACAUGCAGCCCCCUCCAGCUGCGCUGGAGUACAGUGCACCGUCCUAUAAUCAGGUGCAGUCUGCACCACAACAAUAUAAUGAUGCUGAGCAAAGCAACCCCUUCAGUCAUCAAGACUCCACAGAGGAGGAUGAGUUUGGAGCUAUCCCACCACCAAUGGACGACCUUGCUGUUCCCGUACUAGCACUGUAUGACUAUGAAGCUGCUGAAGAUGAUGAGCUAUCGUUCAAGGCUGGUGAGAUAGUUACCAAGCUUUCAGAGAGGGAUGACCAGGGUUGGUGUCGAGGGAGAAUCAAUCACCGCACCGGCCUAUUCCCAGCAGAGUAUGUGGAAGCUCUUUGAAACACAACAUUUUCCAUCAUUUAUUCAUCCACAAACAUUUUAAAAAAUGCAAUUGGUCGCAAUUGCAAGGUCAGAAUGAUAAAGAUGUUUGAUGUUGAAUAGAGAGACAACUAUGCCGCGAGAAUUCUGUUCCCUAUAGAGAAGUUGAGUUUUGAAUUUGCAGAAUCUCUGACAGGUUGUCAAAUGGGCCAUGAACUCUAGUAUCCAUAGUAGAAUUAUAUAGAAUCAAAAUGUAAUGAUAGAUUUGCCCAUGUUCUCAUGAAAUUUUUGUUGUACAAAAUGGUGAUUAUUUUUCUAGUUAAGGGGAUUUAAUUGUAUGAAAUGUUGGCCAAAGUAGUCAAAAGUCUUUAGGAUAGAGUCAAACCCCACAAGUAAGAAUCUAAAGAUUAGUAAUUUGUUGUCAAAUUAUAGUUGAGACCCUAUAGAACAAGCAAAUUCAGACAUGCUUUGGAUUUUCUUGAUAACCCCCCCCCCCCCCCCCCCCAACCCAUCCCAAAAAAAUUAAGUUAAAAAAAUAAGUUAAAAAUAAGUUUAGUGUCUUGAAUUUGUCACUCUUAUUGAGGUCGUUGUUCUCUUGGAAAAUUCCUUUAAUUCAAGUAUUGUCAGGUUGUCGUGGUAAGAUGCCACGUAGGGGAAAAUGUAAAAGGCUAUAAGCAGCAUUAUUGGUUUCAGUUGUCACUGCAGAUUGUUUAUUUCCCUUUUAUAUAUAUAUAUGUGUGCAGUAUAUAUUUUGUUUGUUUGUUUUUCACCAAUGGAAGUUUAGGGUUUGGUAAAGGUGGGUUGUGCCAUUUUUCUUUACUUGUCUGCCAAAAAAUGUUAAAAUUAAUAACUUAACUUCAAAUAGUUACUAAAACGAUACUCAGGCCUUGAACAAACGUCGUACUUUCCAUGAGCCGUAUUCAAUGCAAAUGCAUGUAAAUGAGACAAAACAUUGCAUCUGGCUCAUUUGCAUUAAUUUGCAUUGAAUACGGCUCAUGAAACUACGGCGUUUAAACUAGGUCUAAUUCACGUUUCAAAUCGGUUUUAUUCAGUCAAAAUUAACUAUAGAUCGAUACGUCAAUAAUAAAUCAUCUAAAUAUGAAAUACAUAUCGUUCUUUAGAUGCAUCAUAGCAUGCGCUUUUAGAACGCUGAUAUAUAUUUUUUACGUCUGUAUAGAAAUAAAUAGCACUAUAA